CGGAAGCGGCUAUCGUGAAAACAGGGCGUAAAAUAGGUUGACAUCAAAUAGCGAUGGAAAAUAAGGAAAGGUUUACAAUCGUGUUCUUGUUCCUGUUCCUGUUUUUGUUCCCUUGUUUCCCCCCUCCCCCUCCCCCUUAACCCGCUCACCCUUCCUUUCCUUUCCUUCCCGUCCCUUUCCUCGUAUUCCAUCACCCUCCAUCACCCUCCCCUCCUUCCCUCACCAACUCUCCUUACGCAGUGCUCGUGGCCCAGCAAACCCACACAGACACUUAUGACUUGCAUCAAGCCGGAAAUCAUGGCAGCCAUCAGAGUCGUUUGGGAUUCAGGGAGAUUCCCGCACUUCUUCGAGAUGCUUGGUUUCAGUGACUUAGCCGUGCCUGCCAAUAGUUGGGAUAGGUCGGAGGGAGAAUUCCGCAAUGAAUUGGACCAAAUAGCGGCCAAGUUAGAAAUCAGAAGAGUUGAGUACGCCAGGGAAUGUGUAGAGUUACCAGCGAGAAUAGCAGCGGUAGAGAGGAUCUUUCUGAACGCAUGGGGGUUGAGCGAUACGCAUAUCAGAGGACCUGCUCCCUCUAGAGCUAGAAGAGGACCAGCUAAUGCAACGCAACCAAGACGCGAGCUUAGAUCACAAGCCCUUGAGGUUAGGCAGGAGGAAAUGAUGGAGAUGGAGCAAGCAAUCAUAGCCAUCAACGCCUCAGCAGCAGCCAGAGUCACUCCUCCCCGGAGGAUGAGGAGGUACACAGCAGCCGAACCUGGGAGCCAGUUCACGACCUUUGCACCCCUGGCGUCUGAGAGAUGGGUGGAGCAUACCUGCCAGGGUUACAUGCAUGCAAUUUGUAAGAUGGAUACGUUCAACCAUCUUUCCCCCAUGACCAUCAAGGCACUGCAAUUCAUAGCCGGGGUCUCGGAUGAGGAAGCGCUCAGGUGCCAGGAGAUCGCCCUUGACGGAAGCUUGGAGCAUGCAGGAAGGACGAGCAAAUCCAUCGAGCCAACAGAUCUCAGUUUCUCACCCAUGUCCUACUUGGACCCGGACAAUUGUGGAGAUACUUCGCCUGGAUGUUGGCAAAAGGGCAUCAAGCAGCCACCCAACCUCCAGCUGAGGAGUUUACGCAAGGUCUGGAGUACCAGGCGACCGUAUCUCAAGUGCCAAUGCGGGAAGGAUAGCCACGUGGACUGCGCAGGAGGACCAAUAUGGUUUGAUCACGCCCUCUGGUUCCUGCUAGCGCAUCCGGACAUCCUCUUUCUGAAUAUGUCCUCCGUCAGAGUGCAGACCUCCAUGCUGUUUCACUUUCUCCGCACGUCGUGGAAGCCGACAAUACUGGACUACAUCACCUUCAUCAACAUCCGACACGUCAUGAUGGGAUUCGUGAAGAACCUCGAGCAGGAUGACACGCUAGAUGCUGAGACGGUCAUGAAGGACCAGAGACUCUGGGACUACAAACUUCCACCUACACUUGCGAAGAUCAUCCUCCGUACGAGAAUUCCCGCUAGACGGAGGUCGAUCUCACCAAGAACCAGAACGCAGAGGAGGGUGAGGAAUGAGCAAGUACAGAUCCCGGGGCAAGGGAGGCUUAACUUUCAACCAAUCAGAGCUGAACAUGCAGCGCAGCAAGACCUGCCACCUCCCCCUCCCCUUAGAAGACAGGUCAAUGAGGCUGAAGAUGCCCAACGCAUACAGCGGCCUGCACAAGAGCAGGAAGCGCAAGUCGAACAACGCUCCACAAAUACUGCUUCCAACCGAAGAAGGGAACAUGAUGACCCAUCGCAAGGAUCAUCGUCAGUCACGAGUGCUCACCUGCAGGAUACAAGGACGACCACUAGAGCAGCUGCCGCGGCAGCAGGAGAGCGGAACUCCUCGAUCUUUGCACCAUGAGCAGGGUUGCUCGCAGCUCGCAACCUCUAUCUCAACUGGAGGCAUGACGCCGCGGGCAAGAUUGGAUCCCAGCGAUUGCGAUC